GCUGCUGCUGAGCUUUUCUGUGCUUUCUUCUAAAACCUCUGCAUUCCUUUUUUAAACCAUUUCUGUGAUUCCCUUACUGAGGAAUGCAUUCAGUGCAGGUAGCUUGAUGUGCAGCUGCAGUGUCAGCUGCAGGUUGAGCUCUGGGUGGUGGAAGCCCGAGGCAAGAGGCCAUGAACUGGCGCUGAUCCUUUGCACAAAAAAGGGCACGGGGAGCUGUGGUGCCAGCCAGGCGACCGGACACUCAGAGACACGGCAGGAACGGAGGACACUGGAGGAAGAGCCAAGACUUUGUCAUGCUUAGGCUGUGAAGGCACGUUGCUGUACCAGCUGACCCCACUGCGCAGGAUUUCUCCCACCCCUGCUGCUUGUGCAUCCAGUGUUUGACCAAGCUUUAUAGCCAACUGCAACAAAAGUAUUCUGUGAUGGCACUGGGAUCUGAACGCUCAACUGCGGAUCCUUUAAGACAGGUGGAUUCAGGCAGACUUCAGGAAUUGGCUAAUCUCGACCAAGACUCCGGAGUGAUGUCGCAACAACUCCUUUACCGUGCACUGGUGUCUGCAAAAUGGCUUUCAGAAGCCAUCAAGUCCCAGCAAGCUGGGCUGGCCUUGAGAAUCGUGGAUGCAUCCUGGUAUUUGCCAAAGAUGAAGCGUGACCCAAAGAGGGAGUUUGAGGAGCACCACAUCCCUGGUGCAGUUUUCUUUGACAUUGACCAGUGCAGCGACCGAACCUCACCUUACGAUCACAUGUUGCCCAAGGCUAGUGACUUUGCCGAAUAUGUGGGGAAGCUGGGUGUGGGGAAUGAUUCCCAUGUUGUGGUGUAUGAUGGCAGCGACCAAGGUCUCUUCUCAGCGCCCCGGGUGUGGUGGAUGUUCCGGGUCUUCGGUCAUGAAGCUGUUUCCCUUCUGGAUGGUGGCCUGAAGAACUGGAAGCGAGAGGGGAAUGCGCUGAGCUCUGGGAAAACCCAAGUAGCUCCAUGCGAGUUCCACGCCUCCUUGGACAAGUCCCUGGUGAAAACGUAUGAGGAUGUCUUAGAUAACUUGGAUUCCCGUCGCUUCCAACUAGUAGAUGCCCGUGCUGCAGGACGGUUCCGGGGAGUAGAGCCAGAGCCCCGAGAUGGAAUUGAGCCUGGUCAUGUCCCUGGGUCGACGAGCAUCCCCUUCACUGAUUUCCUCACAGAGUCUGGCUUAGAGAAGACCCCUGAGCAGAUCCGCACUCUGUUCCAGGAGAAGAAGGUGGACCUCUCAAAGCCGGUGGUAGCCACGUGUGGCUCUGGGGUCACUGCCUGCCACGUGGUUCUGGGCGCAUACCUCUGUGGCAAACCAGAUGUUGCAGUGUACGAUGGGGCCUGGGUGGAAUGGUACAUGCGGGCACAGCCUGAAAAUAUUAUUUCUGAGGGAAAGGGGAAGACUGUGUAAUAAGCUGCUUUGUCUCCCAGCUGUGCAGGGAGCUGUGUGGCACAGGCCAUCCGUCCAUCUGGAGAUCACAAACUAAAUGAAAAGUUUCCUUCUCCCCUUGCUCUACAUUUUGACUGUGUGGCUGGAUGACAUCUAGCAGGGCCCUUCCUCCUCUCUGGUAUGUGUGCCAAGGUUGGCAAUACUCAACCGCUCUUCUCCAGGCUGAAUUUUGUGCUACGUAGUCUCGGUGAUUCUUCGGUGUCCCAGCUUUUGGCAAAUCUUUUACCAGAUGCAUAGCUUUGGCUUGAUUUCCUCACAGAGCAGAAAUUGAGAACUGCUUUCCCACAGCAAGAUACUUUGUCUUUCUGGGGUAUGCCCUGUUACAUCAUGUAUCAAAAAUCUAUCCAAGAGUGUCUUCCGAUGUUUUCCCUCCUUUAGCUGAGAGCUGUUCUUGUGAUGCAGGCAAAGCGCUGGGAAUGUUGUGAAGACCAAGACAAUGUUUUCAAAGCCUGGAGACUGCAAAAACCUAUUUUGAGCCAUAGCAGAUGCUACUGGACAUAUGGAACAGCUGAGGGGACUUGCACCAGGACUAUAAAUGUUCUACAGAUCUUUAUGUUCCUGACUCAGUGGGUGGGUUUCCUAUGGGAACUGAAAGCUGGGGAGAAGUUGGUACAAUGCAAAUUACUAACAUUCAUUACUUUCCUGUGGAAAAUUUGCCACAGGGAAAUGGGAAUAGCAUAUCUUUGGUGGAAUAGGGCUCAUGGUGGCCAAUAAGUAGCCUAAACAACAGCCAUGAUGUAGGAGGAAGGUCACACUGACCUGUGGCUAACUUGAGACUGGAGUUUUUACAGCUCUCUAUACAAAUUUGAGAAUCUCAGGCCAGCAUCUAAACUCUUUAUUGGUUUAUUGAUAAAUUUUACUAUCUGCAAUACUUUUGUCCUGAAAGAGUUUUGGACUCUGUGAAAACAGUCUGGUCUGGUCAAAAAUAAUCCCACAGUCCACUGUUCCUCACAUGUCUUCUUUGUCACCUACCUUCCUCCCUCUUCCCUACUGCUGCCUAGCAGUCAGGUUGCACUAUUUCACACUUCAUUUCCCAGUAAACUUUUUGUUCCCUUGCGAACUUUUUCAGAUUCUAAAGCAGCCCUUCUUUAUAGCACCACUGUCCCAACCCCUGCAUGAGCAAUGGUAAUUGCUGUUACUUACAGGGAUUUUUCAUGUUCCUCCCAUCUCUCCUGGUCCCAGCUUGCAACCGGGUGCUACAUGACCAUUCUCUCUCCUUCUCCCAGCACUCGUCCAGCAAAGGUGCCGAGUGAUGCACAUAUACACUCAGACUUUACACACUAAAGGUACAUUGCUCACAGACCUCAUGCAGCACAAGGAGCUGGAGAAAGAUUAGCUCACCUGCAUGCCAUGGGGCCUUUCUCUCUGCUCCAAUAUGCCUGGCUCAGCUAGCUGUUGAGCAAGGCUCUACUGUCUGCAAGUGAACUAUGUUCCUCCCACAUCCAAGUCCAUUGCAGGGAGUUUUGUUUUCUGUGCCUGUUCAUGUUGGCUUAAUGGCAAAAUGUCAGAGCAUUACUUGUCCUCCCCUCUCCGCUUCCUAUAGAAAAGAGAGUGGCACCAAUCCUACAUGGAUGUGUUGACUAAUUCUUCCUGGUUUCUUUGAUUCCUCAUGCCACAUAAUCCCAGAUAUGUAUUCCCAGCCUGUCAGAGUGGUGACACUGUCCAUGCCAACACACGGCGAUACCUGCUCCCACUGCCGCUCCACAAUACAACAAUUCCCUAAGAGCAGCUCCACAAUGUCAGUGAUGCAUCAUAUGCCAUGGGCACAGCUGACUUGUCAGGCUGCAAUGGAAGUACAGAGCGCUGCAGUGUGUGUAGCUUUUUGCAGGAUUGCACUGCAGGCCUGCUGGCUGCUGAACCAAGAAACUCUCAGUUUACCCUCUGCUCUGUUCUCUUCUGCUCUUGUUCAGUCCAGUAUUCAAUGGCUGUCAAGUUUUUCCUGCUCCCAGUGUGUCUGUGCAAUGGUCCCUGUGAUUUCACCGGGUACUUAGCAGUGUUACAGUGUUACACAAUCACACAGCCCCACGUAAGUUCUUGCUUGCUCUUUUCUGUUUCUGUGAUGUGUUUUAUAUAUAGUUAUCAUCAAAGCGGGAGGAACAGCUGUAGGAUCAUAAAACUUUCAGGUUGGAAAAGACCUCCAAGAUCACUGAGCCCAACCUUUGACUGAACACCACCGAUUAUUUAAACUUACCUCUCCUGUGUUCUAUUGCUUGAUUUUAAUGGACCUUAACAAGGGCACGCUAGUUGCUUCUCAGAACUAUGUCUGGUGAGGAUGUGCAAUCAGGUCUGUAUUUAGCCCACACCACCAACUCAUUGGAGCAUUUCAGUUGGUAACUCACCACAGACUGGCUUCUCCCUAAAGAGGACUUCCACAUACUGUGGGGAAAUCCCUGCCCCAGUGAGUUUCCAAUAAGUUUUGUGCUGUAUGUUGCAGAAGAGA